AUGGCUCCAGUUGCUAUAGAUCCCCGUAUUGUUGACGUCGCGGAGCCGAGAAAAGAGACUCUUCCUCUCCCCCCGGCCGCUCGUGAUAGACUCGAGAAGGCGGGGAUCGAUCUGUCGAGCGGAUAUCCGUAUCGUCCUGCCCGGCCUCUUUAUCUAGACGACGUUUACAACAUCCGGAACUACGAUCGUGAACACAUUGACCCAGGAACCCGCGCCGACCCAGAGAAAAAGGCGCUCCUGUCAGCAGCGAAGGAAGUGAUUCACCUUACCAAGCAUAUUGGAACCGAGAUCGUAGGCUUGCAACUCAAGGACCUGAAUGACAAACAGAAAGACGAGCUAGGGCUCCUGAUUGCAGAGAGAAGCGUAGUCUUCUUUCGGGACCAGGACCUCUCACCGCAGCAGCAGAAGGAACUGGGUGAGUGGUAUGGCGAGAUUGAAGUUCAUCCACAAGUACCGCAAGUACCGGGCGUCCCCGGUGUCACUGUCUUGUGGCCAGCGUUGGCGGCGGCAGAGAGAUCGGCAGCAUUUCGUCGACCUGGCGGAGCAGCGCACUGGCAUUCGGAUCUUGUCCAUGAGCGCCAGCCCCCUGGAGUGACCCAUCUUCACAAUGAUACUGUGCCCAGUAUCGGGGGUGACACGCUCUGGGCGAGCGGAUAUGCCGCUUAUGAGAAACUAUCCCCUGCUUUCCGUCAGAUCAUCGACGGCAAGACAGCGAUCUAUCGCUCUGCUCAUGCGUACUUGGACCGCGAUCAUCCAGAAGAAGGGCCGAGACAUGUGGAAAGGGAGCAUCCUCUAGUCCGGGUCCACCCUGCGACGGGAUGGAAGGCGCUCUGGGUGAACCGGGGCUACACGACUCAGAUUGUAGGCUUUGACAAGGCCGAGAGCGAUGUCAUUCUAGGGCAUUUGUUUGAUGUUUAUGAGAAGAACAUUGACAUCCAGCUCCGCUUCAAGUGGACACCCAGAACAAGCGCCUUGUGGGACAAUAGAAUCACCAUCCACAAUGCUAGCUGGGAUUACGAAGGACGCGAGCCUCGUCAUGGGACAAGGGUAACGUCACUGGCCGAGAAGCCCUUCUUUGAUUCGAAGGCACCAACAAGGAGAGAGAAGCUUGGUCUUCUGGGGCCGGAUGAGAUCGAAGAGUUGGCGAAUCACUUGGCCAGGCAGUAG